CCUCUUCAUGUCUCAGGUUCUUGGGCUGUAGGGACCUUUCAUAGCACGGCGACCCUGUCCUCAGAGGGUACCUGCAGUUUGUGUGAGCUUCGGCUCAUGCACUGUCUCAAUAUUUUCCUGUCCCGCCACGGCCACUCUGGCUGGGUGGGCCUUGUUUUUUGCUGGUUUGGUGUCCUAACCCUAACCCUAGUGUGUGUCUUCAGAAAUGGAAAACUGCCAUGA